CAAUAAAAUUAAUAUAAAGCCCAUCCUCUUCUUCUUGACCACAAACCACCGCUCGGGCUUCAACUCCCAACUCACUGCCAUGGCCACCAUGAUGACCAAAAUGAUGAGCAUCUCCUCCGCCAUGUCUUCCUCCUCCUCACCAUCACCAUCACCGCCACAGCCGUCUGCGCAAUCUCUGUCCACUCAAUCUCCACCGUCCCCUUCACUUCCUCUCCGCACAAUCCCUGGAUCAUAUGGAUGGCCAUUGCUAGGACCUAUCUCAGAUCGCUUAGACUACUUCUGGUUCCAAGGUCCUGAAACCUUUUUCAGGAAACGCAUUGACAAAUACAAGUCGACAGUGUUCCGUACAAAUAUUCCUCCAUCAUUUCCUUUCUUUUCAGGAGUAAAUCCCAAUGUUGUGGCUGUUCUCGAUUGCAAGUCUUUUGCUCAUCUUUUUGAUAUGGAAAUCGUCGAGAAGAGAGACGUUCUUGUGGGUGAUUUCAAGCCGAGUUCUAACUUCACCGGAAAUGUUAGAACCUGCGCUUAUCUUGAUCCCUCUGAGCCUCAGCAUGCUAAGGUGAAAAACUUUGCUUUGGACAUCCUGAAAAGGAGCUCCAAGGUGUGGCUCACAGAACUCCUAGCCAAUUUUGACAUCCUUUGGGAAAAAGUUGACAAUGAUAUCUCAGAAAAAGGCAGUUCAAGCUACAUCUUUCUUCUCCAGCAAAGCAUCUUCAAGUUCCUGACUAAAGCCCUUGUCGGAGCCGACCCAUCAAACUCGCCUGAAAUUGAGAAAAAUGGGUUCGCCAUGCUCGACCGAUGGCUGGCCCUCCAGCUCCUCCCCACCGUCCAUAUCGGUGUUGCUCAGCCCCUUGAGGAAAUGUUUCUUCACUCUUUUGCCUACCCUUCUUUUCUUGUUAGUGGAGAUUACAAGAAGUUAGUUCAGUUCAUAAAAAAAGAAGGCAAAGAAGUGGUCCAGCGGGGCGAGACCGAGUUUGGACUCAGCGAAGAAGAAACGAUUCAUAACCUUCUCUUUGUACUGGGUUUCAAUGCAUUCGGUGGCUUCUCUGUGUUUCUACCGAUUCUAAUCGGCACAAUUGCAAGCGACACGACUGGAUUACAAGAAAGAUUACGCAAAGAAGCCAGGGAAAACGGCGGUCCGAGUUUAACUUUUCACUCGGUUAUAGAAAUGCCUCUCGUUCAAUCUGUGGUCUACGAGACGCUUCGACUCAACCCGCCCGUUCCUCUCCAAUACGCCCGAGCCAGGAAAGACUUUGAACUCAGUUCUCAUGAAUCGGUAUAUAACAUCAAAAAGGGCGAGUUACUGUGUGGAUACCAAUCGCUGGUGAUGAGAGACCCAAAGAUAUUUGAUGAACCGGAGAGUUUUAAACCGGAGCGGUUCAUGGGCCAGGGAAGAGCGUUACUGAGUCACUUGUACUGGUCAAAUGGGCCACAGACUGAGUCACCAAGCGCGUCAAAUAAACAAUGUGCAGCUAAAGAUUACGUGCCACUCACGGCGUGUUUGAUUUUGGCCCACAUGUUUAGGAGGUACGAUUCUAUUACUGGAAGUUCUAGUUCAAUCACAGCCGUCCAAAAAGCUAAGUGAUGAUCUGUAAUAAAACAAAAAGACAGAUCUGUUGGAUCAAUGCUAGGGCGUGGGCGAAUGUACUCAACAAUUUACUAAUGAGCCCAUGUUUCUGGGUUUAUUGUCUUCAAUCUGGUGUGAGAGACGAGCAGUAAUUACUAUAUUUUAUUGAUGAAUUUUAUCAGUA